AUGAAAGGAGCCCUUCUUUCGCUGGUGUGGCUUGCGGGUCUUGCUGCAGGCCAAAGUAGCUCAUCCGUGUCGGUUAUCACACUAUCUGGAUCCCAACGAAGUCUCACAGGUGACGAUGCUGCCCCCAACCCAACUGUGCCCUCCGAUUUCGAGGGCAGUACUUUUGCGACAAUUACGUCACCUGCUUCCUCAGCUUCAUCGGGCGCCACAGUGUCGUCCAACGGCACGAUAACCUCGGGUGAACCUGUCACCAACAUCGGACAAGGAAACAGGACCAUCACGCCAACAGGUACCGGCACGGCACCCGCCUUGCCGUCUAACACACAGCCAUGCAACAACUACCUCGAGUUCUGCGACCGCAAGUACUCCAACAUCACCGAAGUCUGUGCCCACAACUCACCCUACACGCGCAAGAACAACAUUGCUCGCAACCAAGAAUACUCUGUAAAGCAACAGCUUGACGAUGGUAUUCGUAUGCUUCAGGGAUCGGCUCACUAUGUCAACGGUACUCUCUACUACUGCCAUUCCUCGUGCGACUUGCUCAACGCCGGCACUGUCGAGGACUACCUCCGCCAAGUCACCGAAUGGGUAGAGGACCACCCCUUCGACGUAGUCACCAUCCUCUUCGGAAACUCAGACUGGGAUAAGACAACCGCAGACGGCAAACCCCUUGUCACCGCCAAAAACUUUGCCGAACCAAUCGAGGCCUCUGGCCUCCGCAAGUACAUCUACCAGCCGCCCAAGACCGCUAUGGAACUCAACGACUGGCCCACGCUCGGCGAGCUCAUCCUCCAAAACGACCGCGUCAUCACCUUCAUCGACUACAACUACGACACCGACGCCGUCCCCUAUCUCCUCUGGGAAUUCUACAACAUGUGGGAGACCACCUUUUCCCCCACGGACCAAAACUUCCCUUGCAAUCUCGGCAGACCCGAAGGCAUGUCCGAGAACAAAAUGAGAGACAUCCUGUACAUGGCGAAUCAUAACCUGAACGCCGAGAUUUCUUUCGCCGGCUUCAAUCUCCUCGUACCAAAUGUAGCGCAGAUCAAUCAGACGAACGGGGUAGAGGGAUUUGGUAGUUUGGGUCUCAUGGCCAACACUUGCACUAGUGAUUGGGGCCGCCCACCGAAUUUCCUACUCGUCGACUUUUACAACGAGGGCUCGACUAAUGGCUCCGUAUUCGAAGUCGCGGCUCGUGCUAAUAAUGUCACGUAUAACCGCGAGUGCUGUGGUACUACAUCUGCAGCAGAUGCGCAGCUGCAACCUGUGUACUUUGGCCUCGUAGCUGCUGCUUUUGCGGCCGUUUUGGCCCUUCGGAAAAAGGCAUAA